CUUGUACAUUGAAGUCCUCUCGCUGCAGUCUCCGACGCGUCUUGACCCAGCGGCAGAUCGACGGCGAAGAGAGAUCGCAGCAAGUGGGAGUGACGAAAGCUUACGACGGUGAUCAAGUAUUCAUGGUCCUGCUUUUGGAGCGUGGGAGGAGGAGAUACUAGGAGAAGAAGAUCAGUUUGAAGCGAUAGAUCAGAGGGAAAAUGCUGUGGAGGGAUGUGACGGGUGUUUUCUGGUGCAGUAUAGCAAUGACUCUUUUGAAAACUUGUGACAGCACUACUGAUUCCAGAGAAGAGCCAUUCAUUUUGCUGGGGAAUGGAAAUACGAUACAGUGGAUAUCCCUGGAUGGUAGCGAAGGCCUGCCUCUCUUGAACGACACUGACUAUGACAUCAUUGGAGUAGAUUAUGACAUCAGGGAAGGCUGGAUGUUUUGGACUGAUGUUGCUAGCAGGACCAUCAGCAAAGCAAAGCUCGACGGUUCAAACGUGACAAUUUUAGUCAGUGACAGCAUGCGGGUGCCAGAUGGGUUGGCUUGGGACUGGGCCACAAAGAAAGUCUACUGGAGUGACGCAGGAAGAAAGAGAAUCGAAGUGUACGAUCCUCUGAGGAACGUCCGUCAACUGUUGAAGAGUACCGGGUCCCAGAGCCUCCCUAGGGAUAUUGCCGUCGACCCCACUACUGGCUGGUUAUUUUGGACUGAUUGGGGAGGCUCGCCGAAAGUGGAGCGGAUGUCCAUGGACGGAACGGCCCACACAACCAUCAUAUCAACUGACAUUGUCUGGCCAAGUGGCCUAGCAAUCGACUACGCAACGCACACCCUCUUCUGGUCCGACGCCAGUCUAGACAAACUCGAAAGCUCUGACUUUGACGGGCAACAUCGACGGAUUCUUUUAGAGAGGCGGUUCAUCUUCUACCCGUUUGGACUUGCUUUCUUCAACAGUACUCUCUACUGGGGUGACUGGGUGGUGGGGUUUGUGUACAGACUCUCGGUGGUCGAUCCGACCGACUAUAAUUACGUGAGGCCAGUACUAGAGAGCGAGCCGACUGGAUUGAAGGUGGUGUCAAAGGUCAACCAGCCACAAGUGGAAACGCCCUGCAGUACUGCUAACGGAGAAUGCAGCCACCUGUGUCUAAUUAGUGCCACCUCUCCUUCUGGUUAUUCUUGUGCCUGUCCCAGACAUUUCCGUCUGGGUCAGAACCGACGCGAUUGCUACAGUGGUAAACAAGGUUCAGAGCCAACUGCAGCUACAACAGAAGUACCUCCUACUAAAGGAUCAUGUGUUCAAGCAAACUACACGGCGUGCUGUACAAGCGAUAAUUGCCAGGGGCUCCCCCCUGUAUGCACAUGCAGUGCUGAAUGUCACUCCCUCGGAACCUGUUGUCCUGAUAUCGAGAUCAUUUGUCCUCUGUCUCCCCCUCCUAAAGGGUUUCUAGUAGUGGCAAAUGAGGAUGGAUUAGUUCGUCUUGAGCUCGACGGACGAUCACAGUCAGUGCUGGUCAGAGGGGAAAGACACACGACAGCUAUUGACUAUGACCUCAGCUCCAACACUCUCUUCUGGUCAGAUGUUGUUCUUGGCAGGAUCAGAAGAUCGUUUCUGAACGGUUCCGACGUCACUACCGUCAUCGGGAGCGGCAGAACCGAGUCUCCAGAGGGGAUAGCGGUGGACUGGGUGAACCAGAUGCUGUACUGGACCGAUGCCCGAGCCAAGAGAAUUGAAGUAUUUGACCUCGAAAAAGGUCACCGGAGGUUACUAAUUACAACUGGGGAGGGCACCUUGCCAAGAACAAUAAUUGUGGAUCCUACGACAAGAUGGCUAUAUUGGAGUGACUGGGGCGAGAAGGCUCUCAUAGAGAGAGCAUCAAUGGACGGACAGCAGAGGCGACCAAUCGUCUCCUCCAACCUUGUCUGGCCGAACGGACUGGCCAUCGACAUCCAGUCACAGUCCCUCUACUGGGCCGACGCAAUGCUGGAUAAGAUCGAGUCUUCAAACGCAGACGGGACCAAUCGUCAUGUCCUCACGACAAUCGGGAUAUUUCACCCGUUCUCUCUGACAGUUCACGAGGCACAGCUCUAUUGGAGCGACUGGGAAAUGGAUGUGAUAUUGACAGGCAGCUCGGAUAUCUAUCUCAAUGCAAGGCUGCUUGCUCGUCUAAACGGGUCUCGUCCGAUGGGGAUAAAAGCCGUCAGCUCCGCCAAUCAGCCAUCAGUGCCCAAUCCCUGCCUCAUCAACGCUACCUGCAGCCACAUGUGUCUCCUCAGCUCAAUCUCAGAGAAGGGGUUCGCAUGCGUCUGUCCACAGGGCUGGAAAAUGAAGCACAACUCUAGCUCCCAAUGUACCAUCCUACAGCAUCCAGGUACUUUGAGGAGUGAAAGCAGUAGAGAAGCUUCUGGGACAGCGGGAGUCAAAGUGGUGCACCGAUCGGUCACGGUGAAGACACCCAAGGAGACCAUGUCAGAAAAUUCUCAGGAUUUCCAACUGGAGGUCCUGCCGCUGACACUGAUGGCCGCGAUAGUACUUCUCUCGGUCAUUGUCAUCGUUAUGUCAUCCUUUCUCAUCGCCAGACUACGAACAAGACGGAGAAAAAGGAUCACUUUCUUGGAAAGAAGAUGUAUUGCCAUUCCAAACAUCUAUUCAACGGUUCAUUCUAUCCAGUCAGAAAUGACAUCAUUUCAGACAGAAAUGACAUCAUCCGUGACUGAAAUGACAUCAUCCCAAUCAGAAAUGACAUCAUCCCAGACAUCACCCAUACCAUGAUCUAUGAACAUUCCACUUGUCAAUUUUCGUGUCUCUUUCGUGUUUCCUGUAUAUAUAAUAUGUGUCAUCGUCUGUAUUACGGCACAAAUUAUGCGCUGCACAAUUCACUUGACCAGCACUCAAUUUUUUCAAUGUAAGUUUUAUAAUUUUUUUCCACUUAUGAUGAUUACAUCACGAUAAGAUGACUACAUCAAGAAUAAAAGUGAAAUUUUACACACAUACGAAGCACGAAAGAGUUCAACUUCUCGAUUCUUGUUUCUUUCGCUUCUUUUCCUCGAGCCAACUGCUCAACUGCAAAAGUCUCUUUUCGCACUUUUCCUCCGCCGAUCGAACGUAGCGCGACCGUAUGAUCUUGAAUGCCUGCGGCGUUGCGUACGGUGUACCGGUAAUGGGGUCGAUGUACUUGGCCGGAAGCCCCGUCACGUGGCACACCGACCGUUUCGGUUUCGGCGGGCGAUCUGCGGGGAAGUAUGCCGAGGGAUAAGACAAAGUGUCGGUGAAAACGAGAAAGUUCCUGCAGUAGUGUUGUUGUUCUUGAUCUUGUUGUUGUUGUUGUUGUUGUUCUGAGGGGGU